UACCAGUGUCUUUCUAGACCCUUGUUAAUUUUUAAGCUCUAUAAAUAUUUUAGCCUCUGGUUUUUUUCUGUUUCACUUUCACUGCUCAAUUAAAAGUGAAGAAAGACACAAAGAGGGGUAAGCUAUGCAUACUAUUACAAAGUGUCAUAAUGAAGAAGAAGCCGAACUGAGAAGAGGGCCUUGGACUCUCGAAGAAGACACUCUUCUCAUACAUUAUAUUUCUCUUCAUGGUGAAGGCCAUUGGAACUUGCUUGCCAAACGAGCUGGGUUGAAGAGGACUGGAAAAAGCUGUAGAUUGAGAUGGUUGAACUACUUGAAACCCGACAUUAAACGUGGCAAUCUUACUCCACAAGAACAGCUCUUGAUCCUUGAACUCCAUUCCAAGUGGGGCAACAGAUGGUCGAGAAUUGCUCAACAUCUUCCGGGAAGAACAGAUAACGAGAUUAAGAACUAUUGGAGAACAAGGGUUCAAAAGCAGGCACGCCAGCUUAACAUUGAGUCAAACAGUAAGACAUUUCUUGAAGCUGUUCGUCGUUUUUGGAUGCCUAGAUUGCUUCAAAAGAUGGAGCAAAACACUACUUCUAUUACUUGUUCUUUAUCUCCUGAUUCUUUAACCACAAUCCAAAAUGGUCAAAAUAGCUCUCAUCAAGAACUUUUCAAUCCUUAUUUGCCUCAAAAUUCCACUUCAGGUUCACUACUUCCUUAUACUCACUCAUCAUCAUCGUCAGCUUCGACAUCUCCCGAGGAGCCCAUCGAAACGACAGCGUAUAAUAGCUCGAGUGAUCAUUGUCUCAGUUCGGUACUGAUGACUGCUGACCAGACUAUUCUCUCGUCAUCGCCCCAGAUCACAACAAGUCAAGAUCAAGACCAACUCAAAACGACAUCUUCUUCUUCUUCUUCUUCAUCUUCUGUUUAUUACGACCAAGCUGCUGUAACAAACGACAACAAUAACAACCAGAGCUUAUUAUUACUAGAUGAUCAGAGCUGUUGUGUUGAUCAUUAUAUGGACAUGAUGAGCAGCAGCAGCUAUGGGAUCGAGGCUCUAAAUCUGGACCCCAUUUUGGAAAUUGGGGCAUAUGACAUUUCCGGGUGCCAGAUGGCGGCCGGUGAUUGGAUGAUGCAUGACAACAUGGCAGAUGCUCUAUGGAACAUGGGAGAAAUGUGAUGGUGAUUUGAGUAGAUAGUUAGCCAGAGCUAGAGCUAGGUGGGUAUCUAGGGUGGUGAUCUUGUUAUAUUGGGAAAAAAAAUAUCCACUUCUCAAACUACUAAUGAUCUUAGUGAACAAAGACUAUGUAAAUCACUUGUCCACAUAUUUAGGGUUUAUAUAUUUAUCACAACCAUAUGAGUAUUAUAUUAAAUGAAAUUAAGCACAUUUCAUUUUCAUUUUCAUUUUCAUUUUCAUGUGUAUGAAUUAUAUGGUAUCUAGCGAGAGUGCUAUUGUAUUGGAAUUUAUUAUUUGGAGUGAAAAAAUCUAUUGUUUUUCUA